GCCUAUUAAAAUGUAGUAUUUCAAAAUUUCAUCAAAGUCCCAACACUUGUUUCUUGUGCCAGAGAAAUUAGAGUUGUAUUUACGUUCUCUGCUUGUGCUUUUGAGUUAUGCUUAUAAAACCAGCAUUCUUUGCUUAGUGAAUACCUGUAGUUGUUUUAUUUUUCGUUACUUUUUUACAUAAAAAUUUGCAAAUGUUAAUUCACUACUAAUACAUAUAUACAUAACAACAAUGUAUUUUAUUCAAACGACGAAUAUAAAAAUAUAAACAAAUUUGUUGAAUUAGAGAAUAUUUGACGUAAAAUUAUGAGUAAAAUAUUGGUUGUGUACAACUCUAAAAUUAAAUGUACCUAAAGGAUGUACAUACAUACAUAUGUUCUUACUUGUGUACAUUGCUUAAAAGGAAUAUAAAAUAAUCUUAUUCAAAACUAAGAAAAUGCACAUGCACUGGUAUUACAAUUUUUUGGUGCGUCGGCCGUAUCUGAUGGUCUUGGCAGUGGCGGUUUUGUGCACAGCUUGUAUUACAGUAUCCUUGACUAUGAACUCAGCGCCAGAUUUUAGUGAUCCCACAUUGGGGUUCGAAACUCGUGGAACAGCCUUAGGGAAACGGUCAACGGCUUGGAAUAAUCUUUUGCAGGAAACGGGUCCUUCUGGUACCCUAGUGACGGAUCCAAAUGAUCUUCACUAUUUUAAAAAUAUUAAUUAUUAUCAUACAAAAAAUAUGCGUAAGCAUCAACAUCACAAUCGCACAUAUAGGGGCAAGAAUCGAAAAAAGCCGAAGAAUUCAAAGCACAAGAAUCAAGUAUUACAUUUAAGCAAAAAAAUUAAAUAUUUACAAAAUCGUUUUAAUAUUACCUCACCAAAAAGUAGUGAAAGUCAUCUUUUACCAACACAAUGGAAUGGUGAUAGCGGGGUUUUUCGAGAUUACGAAAUUACAAAUGAUUCUCUGUUAUCUAGUGAUCCAUCUAACCGAAGUGAACAGUUUGAAUACGGGUGGAAUACGACAUCCAUUGAUGAAGAUUAUCAUCGUGAAAAGGUGCAAACCAAAAAAAGUACGUGGUCUAUAUUAAAGGAAGCACCUUUUCCGCCAUAUUGGAAUACAGACAGCCCGCAUGUGGGAGGUUUCUUUUGCGAUUCACCCUCAAAAGACUAUUCUCAUUUCGUUGUUGAGCGCACCGGCCCCAAUGACACCGACACACUUUUUGAUCUGAAUGGGUUGCUGGCAAUGUGUCAACUGCAGAACCAAAUUGUGGCUGUGCCAAGUUAUGGUGAGUUUUGCCAAAGAGAAGAACUCACUGAUAGUUGUUGUCGUCCAUGGUCACUACCCAAUUACGCUGCUCUGUUGGCGAAUAAGAGUUCCUGCUUUGAUUUAAAUAUAACUGAUGUUGAUAUGUUGCAAAAUUUAUUGGUUUUGUGCUUCGAAUAUUAUCACGAUCUAAGGCUAAGCAACGACUGCAGUGAAUUCAGUCCAUGUAAAGCUCCAACCGAAUGUACGCGUGGGAGCAUAGUUUAUAAUAUUUUACAUUUUUUAACCGAUUACAAUUUCAUAAAAAUGAAUGACACAAGAGUUUUUCUGAAAUAUGCAAUGAUAUUUGUUCCAGUAGCUUAUACAUCAAAAAUACUUCCGCUGUUCCACGAAUGGGACGAGGUUGACUUAAAAAAUGAACUUGUGCAAGUUGUUUCUAUGGAUUUGGGACUUGAAAAUGAACUAUUUAAUGAAUCAUUGCUCACAGACGUUUGGCUAGUCUCAUUAGGUGGCGUGUUCGUUAUGACUUGUAUUUGGCUAUAUACCACCUCAAUAUUUAUAACUCUGAUGGUGUGCAUUGCCGUAAUAUUUUCAUUGGGCUUGGCUUACUUCGCCUAUACCUUAGUCUUUAAGAUGUCAUUCUUUCCUUAUAUGAAUUUGUUAGCUUUAGUUGUAAUCAUAGGUAUUGGAGCUGAUAAUGCAUUCCUCUUUGUUAAGAUUUGGCAAUGCGUUUUAGCAGAACGUUUUUCUAAAUCAAUAAAAUCGACAGCUAGCGCACAUCCCACUUCAGUUAUAGAUGGUGGAAAUGAACAUACAGAAACUUUACAGAGUUUAAUGGCUUCUACGUUCCAUCAUUCGGCAUUAUCUAUGUUUGUGUCUUCACUAACAACUGCAACCGCGUUCUUCGCAUCUUACACUAGUUCCAUAACCGCCAUCAAAUGUUUUGGUGUAUUUGCUGGAACUGUAGCUAUUACCAACUAUUUGCUUAUGAUGACCUGGCUACCCGCCGUCGUAUGUAUAAUGGAACGUGUAUCCGCCUGUGCCACUUGUAAUAGUAAGCUCCCUAUACAAAAAUUACUGCUCAUGUUCAACAAGUCAAUUACAAAGUUCUGUCAGCUAUUUGAAACACUUAUUACCAAGGCUGUGAUGAAUUAUGCAAUGCUAUGGAUAUGCGUUUUUGGUACAAUAGGAUUAUGUAGUGCAUUUAUUGUUUUAUACGCACCAGGCUUGCAGCUGCCAGACAGUUCCCAUUUUCAACUAUUUUCAAGUAGUCAUCCGUUUGAAAUAUAUAACAGCAAAAUGAAAAAUGAAUUUUGGUUUGAGAAGUCCAUUUCGGCUUAUGAAAAUUUUAAAUUACCUUUGCGCUUCGUAUGGGGUAUACAGCCGGUAGACGAUGGUGACUACACAAAUCCUUUUUCUCAUGGAAGCUUGUACUAUGACAAUAAUUUUAAUAUAUCUACGAUGGCUGCACAAACUUGGCUGCUUAAUUUUUGCAAAAACUUGAGAUUACAACCAUUCUAUCAAAUCACAUUUGGUAUUUUGCUUCCAAAUUGCUUUAUUGAAAAUUUUAUAUCACUAAUGGAUCGCAUGUGUAUAGAUGAGAUGGACAAUACUGAUCGCACCCCCUGUUGUGAUGUCUCGAAGUUCCCCUUUGAGCCCGAUGUAUUCGAUAUUUGUUUGCCACAAUGUAUGUCCUCGUUAUAUGCGACACCACGCGAAUAUUAUACUCCUGGGGUGGCUGGACCGAGAUUUCUGGCCGAUAGGCGAAUCAACGUUUCCCAUACCGCCCAGCCACCACAAGUGAAAGCUCUGGUACUCGAAUUCGAAUCGAAUGUUGCUUACACAACAGCGUACAAUGAAGUUAAAAAAUUCGUCCAGUCAGUUGAUCGGUGGCUAAUGGAGCAGUUAAAUGAAGCGCCGCCAGAAAUGAAAGGCGGUUGGUUCACUAGUGAACUUAAAUUCUUCGAUACACAAAGCACAUUGAGUCAUGAUACUUUAGUAGCAAUUUCAGUGGCGAUGAGUGCGUCGCUUGUCGUCUUACUUUUAGUCACAUUGAAUGUUUUAGUAUCCUUGUAUGCCGUAAUAACGGUUUUAUUUACAAUAUUUACAACUGUAUCGAUACUAAUUUUACUUGGUUGGAAAUUAAACGUGCUGGAAAGUAUAACCGUGAGUACUGCGAUUGGAUUAGCAGUCGAUUUCAGCUUGCAUUACGGUAUACACUACCGUAUGUCACCUACCGCAGAACGUCUGGCCGCUAGCAAGUUCACUUUAUCACGAAUUGUUGGGCCAACGUCGAUGGCUGCAAUUACUACAGGGAUGGCUGGAGCUUUAAUGUUGGCUUCUAAUGUACUGCCCUACAUACAAAUUGGUUUAUUCUUAGUUAUCGUUAUGGUUGUUAGUUGGCUGUAUGGAACAUUUUUUCUAAUGAGUCUCUUAAAGACAGCCGGCCCGCAAUACGGUUUCAUGCAAUUCAGUUACCCUCUACUGAAUAAAGGAUCCUCAACUAGUGGCAAUAAAUACUAUGAAAGGAAGCAAAGUCAAGUAAUUGCAAGUGAACAGUUGCUUACGCCAUCAAGUUCAGCCAUCGGUGAACUUAUUAAUUCCGAAACACAUGAGCUUGAAUCUCUAACAUCGAGCUCGUUAAUUAAAACAAUUUCUGGCACAGAAAGCUCUCAUCCUCUUAGUGCAGAUUUCGAACAUUCUUUCAAUAACAAAAUCGAUAUUUCCAGUGUUAAUAUGUCUUCUAUCGUGGAGCACAAAAGCCCGUCUAUUGAAAAUCCCGCGUCUGAGUUGACAGAUACAAAAUAAGUUAGAUACCAAUAACCGAGCAUAUUACGUGUGUACUGACAUUCAUAUUAACAAUUUAAAAUGACUAGUUAUGUAAUUGUAGAGAUAUGGUUUCGUAUUUUAAGCAUUGAAACAAACCUCUCAAAUUAUUUUAUUAGUUUAUUAAAAAAAAUGUUUCACUAUGAUUUUAAAAGACGCUGCGGGACGACGAAAAACUCGUUUAUGCCAAUAUUUUUAAUUCAGGAUCUUUUCUCUUUUUAGUACUUGUGAAAUGGUUUCUAAACGUUUUUUUAUUCUAUUUAUAUGUGGCUACGUAUACAGACUGAACUCUUUAUAAGGGAGAAAAAGCGUUGUUUCAAUAAAAUGAUCUUUAAAAGCGGUUGUAAAAAUGUUUCUCGUGAAUUGAUUGAUAACUUUAUUAAAAUGAGAUAAGUCUUUCUAUUUCUAGCCUAGUCUUUCUAGAAUAUACAGUAUUUUAAAAAUUUGUUGCUAGCUUGCAUAGCAAAAUAAUAAAAAUUAGUAAAAACUCGGCUUGCCAUAACUUUCGGCAGCUACAUCAGAACAAAAUUAGAACCAAACGCUUACAACCGUUGUAACAUUUUUAUUUAUGAUAUAUGCAUUACUUUAUGAGACUAUAUAAACCCUCAAAUAUGUAACAAAAAAAAAAAAA